AGUUUGACAGCUCUAGCAUGUAAUUGUUCGUCUCGCCGUCUAACAUUUGUGUCGAACUAUUUUGUUUUGCCAUUCAAUAAAUCUAUUAUUUACCACUAAAUAAGCGGUGCCCCAGAGCCCGUGAAGUGUCCGCGUUCUAGGGAUUCGGAUAAGUCGAGGAGUACAACGAAUCCGCAACGAUACGUCCAUGAAAAUCGAAAGGCAGCAGCAGUAGCAGCAAACCUAUAGCAGAGGCAACAGCAACAAAAUACACAAAAUAAAAGAAGCAGCAGACGGAAAAGUGUUUAAAUGGUCGAGAACUGAAAGAAGAGGCGAUUGUAUACGGAUUUUCGAGAGUACAGGACCCAGAGACAGCAAAAAUGCUUUAGAGGGCGGCGGUUCUCGACUAUUUUCUCCCUCCGGAGAGACCAGAGUUGCCAGAGGACGAGGAUGAGAUGAGACUCCUGGCGAACAACCAAGAAGCUAAAGAAAUAUAGUCCAUAUAAUCGGGAAAUGCCCUCGGGUAGUCCCGCUGAGAUCCCUGUUUGAGGAUCCACGAGCUGGGUGCUAUAUCCUGCAGCCUUGUUUAGCAUUUAAUCCGGUCACCGUGCCUGCGCCUUGUUAACCACACUCUCUUGUUUACGUUUGCUUGUUUGUUGACCUCCACACAAAUCGUCCUUCCAUUAAUUGUUAGUUACGCAUCCCUCUCGUUGAGCACACUAAUCAAAAUGAAAGCAUCAUCCUCAUCGAAAUCGAAAUUGAAAUCGAAGCGUCCAGCCGUUAAAGCUACAAUUAAAUUACUCCCGUCCAAACCCACCUCGUCAUCGUCACCGCCAUCGAAUAUUGGAGCCAGGGCCGCCAGGAUUUCGCCAGGAUCAGUCGUCUGCCAUCCCAAUUGAGUGAAGCCAAGGAUACACGAAUCUAAGGGUACUGCAGGUACUACAUCAACUGUAAUAUAAGAUACAUUAAUAUAAAGUAAAGCGAGUUGGAGUAAAAUAAGUGAAACGAAGUUAAACAAUUCUACAAAUCGGACAUCAAUAGAUUUAACAAUCUUAAAGGACUUGGAGCAUUUAAAAUUUAUAAAUUCUCAAGCGUUGGCCAUUUCUCACUUGAGUUUAAUCGGAACUACUGGAAUUUUUUUGGAAUACCAAUAUCUUCCCUUGAUUUUCAUAUUGAAUUUUUAUGCAAAUUACAUAUGCCUUGUCUAAUUGCCUUCCAAAUUCGCAAACGAGCGCAUCUUCCAUGUCCCAGCUAUUUGUAAAAUACGGGCGUUUGUGAUUUGAAACAGAGAACACGUUCGUUAAUCAUAACUGGUAACUUUAGCGUAGGAAUAGGUAAAUAUUUAGCAGCGAUCGCUCGUCCUGGGAAGCCAAUUUAGAGUGGCAUGAGUGGCCAUCCAUCAGGACUCCGGAAACAUGAUGAUAAUGAGUGUAGUGGGCCACGACCACCUGUACCCGGAGAAGAGAGCCGUGUUAAAAAGAUGACCGAAGGGGUAGCAGAGACCUCGAAGAAUUCACCGCCAUCCUACCUGAACUGGGCCCGGACGCUGAACCACCUGCUGGAGGACCGCGAUGGGGUCGAGCUCUUCAAGAAGUACGUCGAGGAGGAGGCGCCCGCCUACAACGACCACCUCAACUUCUACUUUGCCUGCGAGGGCCUCAAGCAGCAGACGGAUCCGGAGAAGAUCAAGCAGUUAAUCGGAGCCAUCUAUAGAUUCCUGCGCAAGAGUCAGCUGUCCAUCUCCGAUGACCUGCGUGCCCAGAUCAAGGCCAUCAAGACGAACCCCGAGAUUCCGCUCAGCCCGCACAUCUUCGAUCCCAUGCAGCGCCAUGUGGAGGUCACCAUCCGGGACAACAUCUACCCCACGUUUCUCUGCUCGGAAAUGUACAUCCUGUACAUCCAGCAGAUGUCCGCCCAGCAGGAGCGUUGCAGCAGCAGCGGCGCCACGGGAUCGGGAAGUGCCGGGAGUAGUGGAAGUGGUGGCAGCAGCCUCGUUGGCGCCUGUGCCCUGCCGGUGACCAAUGCGCCCACCAAGCAGCAUCAGCAUCUGCAGCAGCUGGUGCCGCCGGGUGCCUUCAUCAAUCUGCCGGUGAGCAGCGUGAGCGGGCCGCCAGCUGGCACGUGCAGUGCCAGCGGUAGUGUGUACGGUCCAUCAACGUCGGCCAGCUCGAGCGGCUCCAUCAGCGCCACCGACACACUGCCACGCAGCUCCACGUUGCCCACACUGCACGAGGACUCGGUCCUGUCGCUCUGCGAAGACUUCGAGAAGGUGCAGAUGCAGGAGGGCGGCGGAUCCCUCGGUUCCGGAUCCGCGGGCGCCGGUGCGCGGGCUCCCGACUACCCGAUCCGACUGACGCGGGACCUACUAAUAGCAACUCAGAAAAGAAGACUGGAAAUCCGACCUCCCGGUGCCCACGGUUAUGUGUACAAUCCAAGCACUACCAACACCUCCUAUGUGCCGAAUUCGCGGGUAGAUUCGGAAAGGGGCAGCGUUAGCUCCGGCGGACGCACCGACUCCGACACCAUGUCGAUCUCCAGCUGUUCCAUGGACGGUCGCCCGUACAUACAACGCAGACACAGCUCCACGGAGAGCAAGGCGAUUCGUCAGAGCGCGAUGGCGAACAAGGAGACCAACACCUUUCAGGUUAUACCUCGCACACAACGACUACAUUCGAACGAGCACAGACCGCUAAAGGAGGACGAGCUGGUCGCUCUGCUGAUACCCAAGUUGGAGGAAGUAAAGCGAAAGCGAGACCUGGAGGAAAGAGCACGCGAGAGAAAUCCGGGGGCUCCGCUGCUGACCAACGAAAGAUCCAGUGCCAGCGAUCGGGCCUUCGCCGAGGCGAUACGGGAGAAGUUCGCACUGGACGAAGACAACGACCAAGAUAUUCUGGACCAGCAUGUGUCGCGGGUGUGGAAGGACCAAACGCCGCACCGCUCGCCGGGAACGAUGUCGCCCUGCCCACCCAUUCCGUCGCGCCGACGCACAGCCACCCACGACUCGGGAAUGGUCAGCGAUGGCGCCAUAAGUCUAAGCGGGCACUCCAUGAAGCACUCGAAGUCCAUGCCGGAUCACAGUUCCUGCUCGAGGAAGUUGACAAACAAAUGGCCUUCCAUGAACACUGACAGUGGCAUAAGCAUGUUCUCGGCCGACACUGUUACCAAGUACAAAGAUGCAAGCUCUCGAUCUGGCUCUAGCACGGCCUCGAAACUGGAGGAGGCGAAACGAAGACUGGAAGACGAGCCGCGGCGCUCUCGUCGAAACGCCCAACCGCCGAUGCAGCACCUGUCGCAACUGCCACUGGCCUCUUUUAGCAGCAGCAGCAGUGGCGGCAGCAUCAGCCUGCCCCACCAGCACCAGCUCCAGAGCACGGCGGCGCCACCGCCUCUGCCGGCCAAGCCGCCGGAGACGAUUGUGGUGUUUUCGUUCUGCGAGGAGCCAGUGCCGUACAGAAUAAAAAUACCCGGUACUCAGCCAACCCUGCGUCAGUUCAAGGACUAUCUGCCCAGAAGAGGUCACUUUAGAUUCUUCUUCAAGACGCAUUGCGAGGACCCGGACAGUCCAGUGAUUCAGGAAGAGAUUGUUAACGACUCCGACAUACUGCCCCUAUUCGGAGACAAAGCGAUGGGUCUUGUCAAGCCAUCCGAUUAAUAUAUAAGCAUUUAGCGUAGAUUUUGUAUUAAGAUAAAUAGUGAGUGUGACUUGGUGCACUGAUACACUCGGUAAAGUACGAUUAACGAUA